AUGACUGCACCCGAGCUGCACAAAGUUUUUGUUUACGGUACUUUGAAAACUGGAGAACCAAAUCAUAACUGGUUUACCAAGGAUGAAGAGGGUUAUCACAAGUUCUUGUUUAAAGCCAAAACUGUUGCAAAAUUACCUUUAAUUAUUGCUACAAAGUAUAAUAUACCGUUUCUUUUAUACAGCCCAGGAAAUGGCCAUAAUGUGGUGGGCGAAGUAUACGAGGUAGAUGACAAGGUCUUGGCUAAUUUGGACAUCCUUGAGGAACACCCGGAUUAUUAUAUUCGUGAAUUAAACGAAGUGCAGCGAUUGGACGGCGAUAAGGAAGUGGUUAAAGUGUGGAUUUACGUAAUUAAAAACUUUAAAGCGGAAUAUUUAAAUCGAGAUACUUUGGAAGAUUACAGCAGCAAGGGAAGUCACGGGUUAGAGUAUGUUGUCAGGUACUUAAGACAAGAUUUGAAUUGGAAAUAUGAGAUUAUCAGAAAAUAA